AUGGACGCCGCCGCAGGUGAAGGAGGAGGAGGAUUUGCGAACCACGCCGCCGAUAUGGAGGAGCACUUCAGCAAUCUGGCACUGGCGGUCCUGUCCGCGCAGGACCGCAUCAAUUCCAUCGUCCCCUACCUCAUCUCCCUCCUGCCCCCACCCUUCGUCCCCGCGCCCGACGCCGACGACUCCUCCGACUCCGACGACGACCACUUCUCCCUCACCUCCUCUGAGGACGAGGCCGACGACCGGCCCACUGCCGUUCCGGCGGCGCAGGACGAUGACGGCCAGGAACACAUCAGCCGCCUCCCGGACGACCUGCUCUCCAACAUCAUCUCCCGCCUCCCCACCAACGAAGCCGCACGCACCAUGGUGCUCUCCACCCGCUGGCGCUGCGUCUGGGCGGCGACCCCGCUCCUCGUCGACAACGCUCACCUCCGGGCCGCCGACGGGCUCUGCGAGUUCCGCGCCGUCCGCGCCGUCUCCCGCUGCGUGGCCGCUCACCCGGGCCCCGUCGUCGCCGCGCGCGUCACCCGCCUCUCCUUCGACCAGCAGGAGUACGCGCUUCAGCAGCUGAUUGCCAACCUUGCCGCGAGGAACAUCCAGGACCUCAUCCUCUUCAACCGCCCCUGGCCGCUCGACCUGCCGCUCCCUGACGAUAUCCUCAGCUGCGCCUCCCUCACCCGCCUCUACAUCGGUCUCUGGCGAUGGCGCUUCCCAGACACCACGACCGCCAACUCGCCUGCCUUCCCCAACCUUCAGGAGCUCGGACUUUUCCACACCAUCAUCAAGGACACGGAAGUCGAUGCCUUGCUCGCGCAUUGCCCCAAGCUGAAGAUCCUCUCCUUUGCCAUGGCGUACAGCUUCCCUUCUUGCCUCCGCAUCAGGUCCCGCAGCCUCCGUAUCGUGGUCGAAUGGUUAUGCAGCUUCGAUGAAGUCAUCGUUGAGGAUGCACCCUGCCUGGAGCGCCUGUUCUUCGAAAGCUUUGCCGACCGGAGUCCCGUCAAGAUUGUCCACGCACCCCGGCUGGAGGUGCUCGGUUUCUUAGACCUCCAGCUCCACGUGCUCGAGAUUGGCGGCAUUGUGAUCAGGGCUGGGAUGAAUGUGAGAGCCAGUGCCAUGCUGCCAAGUUUGAAGAUACUGGCUGUCAAGGUGCGGUUUUCGCAUGCAGCGGAGGCUAAGAUGCUGCACACUCUACUCAGAUGCUUUCCUCGCCUUCAGACGCUUCAUGUCAUGUCCAUUGGAUCCAGGUCACCUGAUAGUGUUGAUCGUGCUGACUUCUGGCAGUCCAUGGGCACAUGCGAUUGCCUUGAAUCUCAUCUGGAGACGCUUGUCCUCCACGGCUUCCAGGGCCUUGAAUGUGAGCAGCUGUUCGUCAGUUACAUACUGGAGAAGGGGAAGGUGCUUAAGACCCUGAGCGUUGUUUAUGUUGACAGUGAGGAUGUAGGAGUAGAGGAAGGCCCCAUCUCAGGUUCUGUUGAUGAGAGCAAUGUGUCAUCUGGUGGAAGAAGUGGAAGCAGUAGCAGUGAUGAUGUGGUAAUGGAGGGAGGUCCGAUGUCAGGUUCCAUUGGUGAGGGCAGUGCGCCAUCAGGUGGAAGCAGUGGCAAUGAUAUCUAUUUUUGUCCGUCCGCCUCUUGCUGGAGCUUUCAGAACGCCAUUGACUUGUCAGUGGAGGAUCCUUUCUGCGUGUUGUUGAGGCAGGCCCGGAUCACUUCUGCUGUUGCGGCACGAGACGGUGUGCGAAUUUCUGUUUUUGAUGAUGGUGCUUAUGAUGGCCGUAUUUUGACGCUUCUCUAGGAUGUCGUAGUUACUUGUUUCGUCGUCAUUUUGUGGUGAACCGAGAAGGUCGACUGAACCCAUCAAGGCCUGGAAGCUAGUUUCACUAGUUUGUUGCACUUUCUGGAGUUCUCUGCUGGGGGGACUAGUAGGAUUCUGAACUGUGGAAGCACCCUGGCUGCAUAUUGUUUGAGUCUCUACUUUUGGCCUGUAUAAAAGUACCUAUCAGAUGCA